CGAUGGCGCCUGUGAAGAGACCUCACGAUGUCAUCUCCAUCCACUCAAAUCGUAGUGAGGACCACUUGGAGAGAUUCGGACGACCACACAAGAUGGCACGCCAUAACGAAGCGCAUCUGGCACCACACUACGACCUGGACGACUGGAUUGCGCGGAACAACAUGCAAGGACCUAUGUAUACUGGUCCAGUCAAGGACGAGCCCAAUGCUGUGCCACAGGCUGAACCAGGCGCAUUCGCAGCUAUCCCGCAGGUCAUCGACAGCAGCGACCACGAAUUUGGCUCCCCUUUCGAGUACAACUUCAACGAUCUUCCAUUCUCUUACGAGGAGGCUCCUGAUGCUCGAGACGAUCCCAUCGUGAUCACUGACACUGCGCCGACUCCUGAGCGCAGCCAAUUCGACCAGAUUCUCGAUGUCGUGCCCGACGUUGCGCAUGAUCAUGUCACCGAAUUACUCAACACUCAUUACAACAAUCUCCAGCAAGUCCUGGACAUCCUGCUGGACGGCGAUUACCCGAAGGAAAAUGAGAGACGUGCUGCGGAAGAAGCUGCCAGACAAGCAGCACUGCGUGAUCAGAAAGUGGCCGAAGAAGCUGAGAAGGAGAAGUUGCUCAAUCCUGACUGCACUUUCUCGGGCAAGAUGAAGGAUGCUAUGGAAGUCCAGAAGGAUAAAAAGCAUCUCUAUCCUACCUACAUGGCUCUCAACGAAGCAAAGCAUACCGAGCCUUGUCCAUACGGUAAGACUCCUUGGAGACCACUCAAGAACGUCAACUUCGAUCUUCUCCAAGCCACCAGAUCGCACAAGGCCAAUAUCCCCAUGAUCAAGGAACAGUUUGAGUCUGCCAGGAAGGCUGCUAUUGAAUCAAAUUCUCAGCGCCGCAAAAGCAUCGCACAGAAGAUCAAAGACGAAAUCAAGGCCGCCGAAAGAGCCCGCGAGGAAGAGUUGGCCCUGGAGCACGCCAAAACCAGCGGUACCAUCGUCGAGUGUGCUGCUUGUUAUGAUGAGUACGCUCCCAACAAAGUCGUCACAUGCGGUUCAGCAGACAAGCACCCCGUAUGCUUUGACUGCAUGAGAACUUAUCUUGAGUCUGAGAUUGGACAACUUGUCUGUCCUGGUGGCUGCGAUGGCACAUUCAGUGAACCUCAACUUCGCCUUGUACCGAACACUGAUAAGCUUACGGACAAACUCAUGCGCCUCCGUCAGGAGCACGAUCUUCGCACUGCAGGCAUUGACGAUGUCGAGAGCUGCCCCUUCUGCGACUUCAAAACUGUGUGCUUGCCUGUUGACAUCGAUUUUGAGUUCCACUGCCAAUCGCCAACCUGCAACAUCACCAGCUGUCGCAAGUGCAAGGAAAAGACGCACAUUCCCAAUUCUUGCGAGGAGCAUCAGCGCAAGCGCGACAAAGACAACGCUCUCAGCCACCGUCACAGAAUUGAGGAAGCCAGAAGCAAGGCUCUCAUCCGCAACUGCAACAAGUGCAACCAAGCUUUCAUCAAGAGCGACGGUUGCAACAAGAUCACCUGCAGUCAUUGCGGCAACCUGCAGUGUUAUCUUUGUGGUGUGGAUGUGACUGCUAACUACGCUCACUUCCAUGCAGCGGCGUCAAAGUGUAUUCUACAUGACGGGGAGCUCACUCUUGAGGCCAGACAUGCUCAAGAGGUCAAGGAGGCCGCCGAAACUGCACAGGCAGAGGUUUUGCGAGAGCAUCCCGAGAUCGACGCAGAGGAUCUCGCUAUCGAGAUUGCUGCCAAAGCACAAGAGCCAAAGCGUAACGAGAUGCUGCAAAUGGUGAUUGAUGCAGGAGACAUUGCUCGUGAUCGCCGCCGUCGAGUUCUGCCACAUGUUCAAGCUGCUGAGCUCCAAGCUGCUCAGCUGCCAGGUAUUGAGCAACUUCUUGUCCCUCGUCAUCAACCACCUCGUAUAGCUGGCGGUCACAGAGCCGCUUUUGAUCCCAAUGCCGCAGUCCCAGCUGCAAGACACCGCCUAGCCGCGAUCCCCGCCUACAACCCCAACGCACAACGACCCGCCCCAGCUUUCCUCGAAUUCCAAGAUCCUGCCCUCGGUCAAUUUGACUUUGACUUUGGCGCUGAAGCAGGUGCACGCAUGCCUGGACACAAAGACAACUACCACAACGGAGAUUGGCGUGAUGCACUCCACCCGGGAAAUGUCAACGCUCUUGAAUUUGAGCAUUUCAUGCUGGACAACAUUGCUCGACAGCCUCAGGUCAACAUGGCUCCUCUAUUCCCUGGUCCAGCCUUGGCCCCGGCCCCUGGUGCUCAGAAUGUCAACAACCAAGACAACAACUUCCUAGGCCGUGUUUACGACAGAGGCUUCGAUGCUGGCUAUUGG